AUGACCCUGAAGCCCCAGAGCAACGGCAAGGUGGAGUGCUUCUCGGACUACAUGGCCCUGCGGAUCCCCAGGCCCCGGGUGGAGGGGCUGCGGCAGUGGCUGGCCCGCGCCCUGCGCCCACCAGGUACCCGCAGGCCCCCCGGCAGCCAGGGCGCGCUGCUGGCCAAGUGCGGCUACCUCCUGCGUCCCGAGUCCGAGGGUCACUUCGUUUUCCGGGCACUGUACUCGGCCUGCUUUGUGCAAAAGGAGAACGCAAAUUACAGGCUGGAGAUCAGAAUCUUGCGCAAAAGGGUGAAGGGGUUGGAGCAGAGCGAUCGCUACAUAAUGAAGUGUCCCGCGGUCCCGACCAGGCCUGGCCAGCUGAGCGUCCUCUGUAGUCCCUCCUUCAUUCAGGUCUCUCGGCCCCUGCCCCUGAGGAACCACAGCAGACAGACCCCGUGGUUGCUGUCCCUUCGAGGGGAGAUGGUGGCCUCUCUGGAGGAUGCCAGCUUGAUGGGGCUGCGCGUGGCUAUCAAUGUCACCACGGUCACCGUGCGAAGCCCCAGGCGAGGCUUUCUGCAGAGACACGAGGUGCAGAACGUCUCCAUGGAGCUGCUGCCGCUCUGGCUGGUGGGGGGACCCUAUGCCUACUCCCUAGAAGCUGCCUGUCCGCCAGUGUCACCCCAGCCGGAGUCGGAGGUCUUUGUUCACAUUCCCAAGCGGAGGCUGGGGCUCAUUCGAAGAGGACGCCUGGUGGAGGGCGCGCUCAGCCUGAGCUUCCUCCGCGUGCAGCCUUCGGACCCCACGGCCGUGAUGGAGAACGAGGAUUUCCUGGUGGUCGGCCUCCCUGCCGCCGCCCUGCUGUUCCGGGCGCAGUCUUGCCAGGAGUCCCGGGGAGUCCCAGGGGCGCGAGCUUCCUACAGGGUGGACCUGAGCCUGGAGUUUGCCGAGUCCCUCACCCCGGUGCUCUGGACCGUGGAGAAUUUCUUCCAAUGCGUGGGUUCGGGAGCGGAGUUGCCUGCCUCGACGGCCACACCCAGGAUCCCUCCAUCCAGCUCAUCCUCAGGACUGGAGAACCUUCCAGAAGGAACGCCGUCGGCGGCCUCCACCCAGCUCCAGCGCCCGCGGCUGGCCGGGGCGUGGCGGACACCAUCGCUGUCGGCGGCCGGCCCCCCAGGAGGAAGCCGGGCCUCCACCGCACCUCUUUUGUCCAGAACAACUCAAGAUCCACGUGGUCCCCAGGCUCCUCCGGGGAAAUCGGGGCUCCUUCCGUCUCCCUUGCCUCCAGCCACGCUCUCCUCAGCGCCCGCAGCGGCUGCCCGGGCGGAGCCCUUGCAUCCAGUCUCCCAGGGCCCCACUGCCCCGACCACGGCCUCUUCUCCACGGCUGCCCUGGAGGUCCGACAGCUCCAGGGUGCUCCUGUCUGCCACCCCGAUGGAAGGUUCAGGAACAAGGAGGCCGGAGCAGGACCUUGCCCAGCCAGCAGGAAGCCCGGGAGCAUUGCCCGGGGCGUGUGCAUCAACAGCAGCCGCAGGGGCCGACAGCGCAUGCGCUGCCCGUGGGUCCUGAGCCGUGGCACAUGGGGGGGGGGGCUCCUCAGAGGCCCCCGUGCUCUGCCCCCCUGGGGGUGAGUCCAGAGGGAGGACCUGGGCCUGCCGGCAGGAAGGGGCGCUGGGCUCUCCAGGGCCGGCCCAGCCCCGUUUCUGGGCUCAUUCUCACGGGCCAAAGGGGCUUGACGGCGUGGGAGGCGUGGCCCAGGGGGUAGAGCGCCAGCCAAGGAGCAGAGGCGUCCCCGGGGACUGCGAUCUGAGGACUGUGGUUCGAAGCCAGCCCAGGAAGGAAAGUCCCUUACCGACAGGUCACCACCAGGACACCCGAAGGGGGCGGCGCUGCGGCUAAAGUGGUAGAGCGCCAGGAAGCCCAGGGCAGCGCCCAGGCCCCGAGUUCAAGCCCCGUGACCAGCCACAGCUACAAAAAGAUCGGAA